AAUUCUGCUCUGCCAUCUCCAAUAUUGUUAGCGAGAGAGAGAGAGAGAGAGAGGCCAUUUUUCUUCAUUUUGCAGCAAUCGAGAUCAACAAUGGUGUCCUGGGCGUGGGUUUGGAAGGGGACUCUGAUUGAUCUUCUGAAGGUGGCUGCCUACAGUGCCGCGUUCUUGCUCGCUCGCGAAGGCCACCGCCGCUAUUCCUUUGCCUAUGGGCUCUUCCUCAACAUUGUCGGGGUGAUCUGCGCCCAAGCGAUCAGUCACUACUUGCAGCGACUCAAAAGGAAUUGGCAAGGACUUCGUCAGCCCCUGCCGCCGUCGCCGGCGAGACGCUACUACCCAGCCGGACACCAAUUACUGACUAGCUAGCUAGUCGUUUCCGUCUCCUUCGUUGUAGUAGCGAGAAAGCUUAAUGAAGAUUAAUUAGUAGAAGUAGCUUGUGUGGUUAACUGUUGUUAAGAAAACUUCCACUCGUUCUCCGUUUUUAAUUAGAUCCCUUCUUCUUUGGCUGUUAAUGGUAACCUCUUUGGGUUCUUUGUUAAUGGGGGUUUCAUCCACGAGCUCAGUAAUGUAAUGGCUGCCUAGCUAGCUUGUUGUCUUUGUUAUGUGGGUUUAUCAUCUAUCAGUUUAACGACCUUCUCUAAUUAUAUUCGUUGUUGAAAUGGUUCUGCGAAAGUAUACAAAUGACAAUGGCU